AUGGACUCGCUGGAGGCACGCUCGCGGGAUGUCCAGGAGAGAACUUUCUGCAAAUGGUUGAAUACGAAGCUGGAAACCAACGGAUAUCCAGCGAUGACCUCGCUAGUCAAGGAUCUAUCGGAUGGUGAUACAUCACUUGGGAGAUACAACAGGAACCCGCGAAUGCGCGUCCAGAAGGCCGAGAACGUGAACAAAGCCCUGGAGUUCAUCACCUCGCGAGGCGUCAAGCUAACGAACAUCGGACCCGAAGACAUUAUCGACGGAAACUUGAAGCUCAUUCUGGGCAUGAUCUGGACACUCAUUCUUCGCUUCACGAUUGCAGACAUCAGCGAAGAGGGUUUGUCCGCUAAGGAAGGCUUGCUCCUGUGGUGCCAACGCAAGACUGCGCCGUACAAGGAAGUCGACGUCCAGGACUUCUCCCUGAGCUGGUCCGACGGCCUCGCAUUGUUCGCCAAUCUGGUGCAUGGCAGGUGUGCACUUAUUCACUGCCAUCGGCCUGACUUACUCGACUACGAUAUGCUGGACAAGUCCGAUCGACACGCCAACACACGUCUCGCGUUCCAAGUGGCCGCAGACCACCUCGGGAUACCACAACUACUCGAGGUGGCAGAUUUGUGUGAUACUGCACGUCCAGAUGAGCGCAGUGUCAUGACUUAUGUAGCCAGCUACUUCCACGCCUUCUCUUCCAUGGAACAGGUCGAGACCGUGUCGCGCCGAGUGGAGAAGUUCGCAGAACUUAUGCACUCCGUCUGGCUCAGCAAGAACGACUACGAGCGACGUGCACGCGAGCUCCUCUCCUCCAUCUCCGUCACCCAAGCGCGCUGGGCCGCAGCCGAGUUCACCGGCACGUAUGCCAACGCCAAGGAACAUUCCGCCAGCUUCACCGCCUAUAAACAGACGACGAAGCGGGCGUGGGUCACGGAGCGGCAGGACGUCACAACGCUCUUCGGGAACAUCCAGACCAAGCUCCGCACAUACGGCCUGCGGGAAUACGCCCCUCCACCGGGGCUUGCGCUGUCGGACUUGGAUGCUGCGUGGAAUGAACUGUUGAUGUCGGAGGCCAAGAGGUCGCGAGCUAUCAAUGCGGAGAUCCGACAGAUUAAGGAGGCUUUGCGCAAGGCUUUUGCUGACCUCGCUAACAACUUUGAGAAACGGCUACGUUCCAUCUCUUCGGAGCUAGCUGGCAUCGAGGGCGCACUAGAGGACCAACAGGAGCAGGUCACACAACUUCGUACAAAGUUACCACUACUCAGAGAUGGGCUCGCUGCUGUAAUCAAUGCCGAGGACGAAUGCAGAGCCGCUAACGUGGAUGAGAACGACUAUACCGUAUUCACGUGUCAAGACCUCGAAUUCGAGCUCGAGCUACUGGAGCAGAGCAUCUCGAAGAAGAUCGCCUUCAUCGACAACCAGAUCGUGUCGCGAAACAUGACGAACCUGACACCGGCACAGCUGGAGCAGUUCGAGAGCACGUUCCGGUACUUCGACCGGGAUGAGACGAAUACUCUGAACCAGCCGGAGAUGGCGGCCGCUCUUGCUAGUCUCGGCAUCGUGUAUUCCGACGAGGACAUGGACAUUAUUUACGACCAGCUACUGCAAGACUACGGUGCGAUUACGUUUGAGACCUUCAUCAACCUACUGGUUGAAAUCACGGAGGACCAAACAUCGCCCGAGCAGCUACGUGAGGCGUUCCGGGGCAUCGCGAACGACAAGCCGUUCGUGACGGAGCUCGACCUGCGCGUCGCACAGCUGCCGGCAAGCGCAAUCGAGUAUCUGCGGCAGGCCAUGCCACCCGCGGCUGACGGUGUCGGCGAUGCCGAGUACGACUACGAGGCUUGGCUGGACGCUCUUCAGAUCAACAGCCAAUCGCGCUGGCUCGUCCGCGCCUGCACUCCGCCGCAGGACCUGCGCGGACCAGAGAUGGAUGUGUGGGCGGAUGAGACACUGCGGACAGUCGAGGCGGGACGAAGGCGAGCCUCCCAGUCCGGCGUCGGCGUGAGCCCCGAGUGUCUUGAGACGUACCAGACCCUCAAGCUCGGGAAGAAGAUCAAGUACAUCAUCUACACGCUCAACCCGGACAACACGCAGAUCGUCGUCGAGAAGCAGUCCCAGAGCACCAACUACGACGAUUUCCUCGCGGACCUCCCAGAGAACGAGCCCCGCUGGGCGGUGUACGACUUUGAGUUCGAGAAGGAGGGCGCGGGAAAGAGGAACAAGAUCACGUUCUUCUCCUGGUCGCCGGAUGACUCGAAGAUCAAGAAGAAGAUGUUGUUCGCCUCGUCCAAGGACGCCCUCAGACGCGCCCUUGUCGGCAUCGCUGCUGAGAUUCAGGGCACGGACUACAGCGAGGUCGCGUACGAGAGUGUGCUUGACAAGGUCUCCCGAGGAGCCUGA